UAACUUACAAAUGGCCGCCGUUUUAAUAAUGCGUGUUCGUAGACACUUUUAACCGAAAAGUUUGUUUUUUUUUUUUUGUUUAAAACUACUAGAAAUAUUCAUCAUCAUACUGUAGCAUAGGAGAAAAAAGGCGCGCAGCUAUGUCGCUGCCGCCGUACCUUCUGGGGCCCAACCCCUGGGCCACUAUGAUGGCGCAGCAGCAGCUGGCGGCGGCGCAACAGGCCGCGCUGCAAGCGCACGCCGCCGCCGCUGCUGUCAUGCCUCCGGUGCCGCCAUCGCAGCCGCCAAAACCGCACCAUAUACCGGAAGAGAAAAUAAAGGAAAAGGCUCAAAAAUGGUUACAAUUACAAUCAAAACGAUUUGCCGACAAGCGCAAGUUCGGAUUUGUGGAUGCCCAAAAAGAGGACAUGCCACCUGAGCACAUUAGAAAGAUCAUUAGAGACCAUGGUGAUAUGACAAGUCGUAAAUACCGACAUGACAAACGAGUCUACCUCGGAGCUCUUAAAUACAUGCCACAUGCAGUUAUGAAGCUCCUAGAAAACAUGCCUAUGCCCUGGGAACAGAUCAGAGAUGUAAAGGUUUUAUACCAUAUUACUGGUGCUAUAACAUUCGUAAAUGAGAUACCAUGGGUAAUAGAGCCAGUUUACAUAGCACAGUGGGGCACUAUGUGGAUUAUGAUGAGAAGAGAGAAACGUGACAGAAGACAUUUCAAGCGUAUGAGAUUUCCUCCAUUUGAUGAUGAGGAGCCUCCAUUGGAUUAUGCAGAUAAUAUUCUUGAUGUUGAACCGUUGGAGCCAAUUCAGAUUGAAUUAGACCCUGAAGAAGAUGCAGCGGUAGCAUCAUGGUUUUAUGAUCACAAACCUCUCAUGGGGACUAUGCAUGUGAAUGGUUCUACAUACAGAAAGUGGAAUCUGACUCUACCACAGAUGGCGACACUGUAUCGUCUCGCCAAUCAACUAUUAACAGAUCUGGUGGAUGAUAACUACUUCUAUCUGUUUGAUUCAAAAAGUUUCUUCACUGCUAAAGCUUUGAAUAUGGCGAUACCAGGUGGGCCUAAAUUUGAGCCACUGGUCAAAGAUAACUCAGCAGGAGAUGAGGAUUGGAAUGAAUUCAAUGACAUCAAUAAAAUUAUUAUCAGACAGCCAAUCAGAACUGAGUACAGGAUUGCAUUCCCAUAUCUGUAUAACAAUUUGCCACAUUUUGUACAAUUGUCAUGGUAUCACACUCCAAAUGUGGUUUACAUAAAAACUGAAGAUCCUGAUCUGCCAGCUUUCUAUUUUGACCCACUUAUCAACCCCAUUUCACACCGACACUCUGUUAAAUCCUUGGACCCGGUUCCAGAAGAAGAUGAAUUUCUUCUUCCCGAGGAAGUGUCACCAUUCCUCCAAGAGACUGCUUUGUACACUGACAACACUGCUAAUGGCAUUGCUUUGUUAUGGGCACCAAGACCAUUUAACAUGAGAUCAGGACGCUCACGACGUGCUAUUGAUGUGCCAUUGGUAAAGACUUGGUACAAGGAGCACUGUCCCCCCGGACAACCAGUGAAGGUCAGGGUCUCUUACCAGAAACUGCUCAAGUAUUAUGUACUGAAUGCAUUGAAGCAUAGACCUCCGAAGCCACAGAAGAAAAGGUAUCUUUUCCGAUCAUUCAAAUCAACAAAGUUCUUCCAAACAACAACAUUGGACUGGGUAGAAGCUGGUUUACAAGUAUGCAGACAGGGUUACAAUAUGCUUAACCUGUUGAUUCACCGCAAAAACCUCAACUACCUCCAUCUGGACUAUAAUUUCAACUUGAAACCAGUCAAAACUCUGACCACUAAGGAGAGAAAGAAAUCACGUUUCGGAAAUGCGUUCCACUUAUGUCGUGAGAUCUUACGUCUCACCAAGCUGAUAGUGGACUCUCACGUUCAGUAUCGGCUGAACAACGUGGACUCCUUCCAGUUAGCUGACGGUCUGCAGUAUAUCUUUGCUCAUGUUGGUCAGCUGACCGGCAUGUACAGAUACAAGUAUAAACUUAUGAGGCAGAUUAGGAUGUGCAAGGAUUUGAAACAUCUCAUCUAUUACAGAUUUAAUACUGGUCCAGUGUCAAAGGGUCCAGGUUGCGGUUUCUGGGCUCCAGGAUGGCGUGUAUGGCUGUUCUUUAUGCGCGGUAUAACGCCAUUACUUGAACGUUGGCUCGGCAACCUUCUGUCUCGACAAUUCGAGGGAAGACAUUCUAAAGGUGUGGCAAAGACGGUGACAAAGCAGCGCGUCGAGUCCCACUUCGACCUGGAGCUGCGCGCGUCCGUGAUGCACGACAUCGUGGACAUGAUGCCCGAAGGUAUCAAGCAGAACAAGGCCAGGACUAUCCUGCAACAUCUCUCUGAGGCAUGGAGGUGCUGGAAGGCGAAUAUUCCGUGGAAGGUGCCAGGUCUACCAACCCCGAUCGAGAACAUGAUCCUCCGCUACGUGAAGAUGAAGGCGGACUGGUGGACUAACACCGCGCAUUACAACCGUGAGCGCAUCCGUCGCGGCGCCACCGUCGAUAAGACCGUCUGCAAGAAGAACCUCGGCAGACUCACCAGACUCUACCUCAAGGCUGAACAGGAGCGACAACAUAACUAUUUGAAGGAUGGACCAUACAUCUCACCAGAAGAAGCCGUGGCGAUCUACACAACGACAGUCCACUGGCUUGAAUCUCGUCGGUUCGCUCCCAUACCGUUCCCGCCGCUGUCGUACAAGCACGACACGAAGCUGCUGAUCCUUGCGCUGGAGAGACUGAAGGAGGCUUACAGUGUCAAGUCUCGUCUCAACCAGAGUCAGCGAGAGGAGCUGGGACUUAUAGAGCAGGCGUAUGAUAACCCGCACGAGGCACUCUCCAGAAUCAAGCGUCAUUUGCUCACACAGAGAACCUUUAGAGAGGUGGGCAUUGAAUUCAUGGACCUGUACUCUCAUCUUGUACCAGUGUACGAUGUAGAACCACUGGAAAAAAUAACAGACGCGUAUCUAGACCAGUAUUUGUGGUACGAGGCGGACAAGCGCCGCCUACUGCCGCCCUGGGUCAAGCCAGCAGACACGGAACCCUCGCCAUUGCUCGUCUACAAAUGGUGUCAAGGUAUCAAUAACCUACAAGAGGUGUGGGAGGUUGGUGAAGGUGAAUGCAACGUGCUGCUAGAGUCCCGCUUCGAGAAGCUGUACGAGAAGAUCGAUCUGACCCUGCUCAAUAGACUGCUGCGACUCAUCGUUGACCACAAUAUUGCUGACUACAUGACCGCUAAGAACAACGUCGUUAUCAACUACAAGGACAUGAACCACACGAACUCGUACGGCAUCAUCCGCGGGCUGCAGUUCGCAUCGUUCAUCGUGCAGUAUUACGGGCUGGUGCUGGACCUGCUGGUGCUGGGGCUGCAGCGCGCCAGCGAGAUGGCCGGCCCGCCGCAGCUGCCCAACGACUUCCUUUCCUACCAGGACAGGCAGACGGAGGUCAACCACCCCAUACGACUCUACUGCAGAUAUGUCGACAGGAUUCAUAUAUUCUUCAGGUUCACUGCAGAAGAGGCACGUGAUCUGAUCCAGCGUUAUUUGACGGAGCACCCCGACCCUAACAACGAGAAUAUUGUGGGCUACAAUAACAAGAAGUGCUGGCCGCGUGAUGCUCGUAUGCGGCUUAUGAAACAUGAUGUCAACUUGGGUCGUGCAGUGUUCUGGGACAUAAAGAAUCGUCUGCCGCGUUCAGUUACCACCAUACAGUGGGAGAACAGCUUCGUCUCCGUUUAUUCGAAGGAUAAUCCAAAUCUCUUGUUCAACAUGGCCGGCUUUGAAUGCAGAAUCUUGCCUAAGUGUCGCAGCCAGCACGAGGAGCUGUCGCACCGCGAUGGCGUGUGGAACUUACAGAACGAGGUGACGAAGGAGCGCACGGCGCAGUGCUACCUGCGCGUAGACGACGAGUCCCUCGCGCGCUUCCACAACAGAGUGCGACAGAUACUGAUGGCGUCGGGCUCCACCACGUUCACGAAGAUCGUCAACAAGUGGAACACAGCCCUCAUCGGUUUAAUGACAUAUUUCCGAGAGGCCGUCGUCAACACUCAAGAGUUGUUGGACUUGUUGGUGAAAUGCGAGAACAAAAUCCAGACCCGUAUCAAGAUCGGUCUCAACUCCAAAAUGCCCUCGCGUUUCCCGCCCGUCGUCUUCUACACGCCGAAGGAGUUGGGAGGUCUCGGAAUGUUGUCUAUGGGACAUGUUCUCAUACCACAGUCGGACCUGCGUUGGUCGAAGCAAACGGAUGUAGGCAUCACUCACUUCCGCUCCGGUAUGUCGCACGACGAGGACCAGCUGAUCCCCAACUUGUACCGCUACAUCCAACCCUGGGAGGCGGAGUUUGUGGACUCUCAGCGCGUCUGGGCGGAGUACGCGCUCAAGAGACAGGAGGCCAAUGCUCAGAAUAGACGUCUGACACUCGAAGAUCUGGAAGAUUCCUGGGAUAGAGGUAUACCAAGGAUCAACACAUUGUUCCAGAAAGAUCGACACACCCUCGCUUAUGAUAAAGGCUGGCGUAUACGUACAGAGUUCAAACAGUAUCAGGUGUUGAAGCAGAAUCCGUUCUGGUGGACCCAUCAGCGGCACGACGGCAAGUUGUGGAACCUGAACAACUACCGCACUGACAUGAUACAGGCGCUCGGCGGAGUCGAAGGCAUAUUAGAACACACACUGUUCAAGGGAACGUACUUCCCAACGUGGGAAGGUUUGUUCUGGGAGAAGGCAUCAGGAUUUGAAGAGUCGAUGAAAUACAAAAAGUUGACAAAUGCCCAGCGAUCCGGUUUGAACCAGAUCCCGAACCGUCGCUUCACUCUGUGGUGGUCGCCCACUAUCAACAGAGCCAAUGUUUACGUCGGUUUCCAGGUGCAACUGGAUUUGACGGGUAUUUUCAUGCACGGAAAAAUUCCGACAUUGAAAAUAUCGCUCAUUCAAAUAUUUAGAGCUCACUUGUGGCAGAAAGUGCACGAAUCUAUCGUCAUGGAUUUAUGUCAAGUAUUUGAUCAAGAACUGGACGCGCUAGAAAUUGAAACUGUGCAAAAAGAAACAAUUCAUCCUCGAAAAUCGUACAAGAUGAACUCAUCGUGCGCUGAUAUUCUUCUCUUCUCUGCAUACAAGUGGAAUGUAUCCCGACCAUCGCUGUUAGCUGACUCAAAAGAUACAAUGGACAAUACAACAACACAGAAGUACUGGCUGGACAUCCAGCUUCGGUGGGGUGAUUACGACUCCCACGACGUGGAGCGGUACGCACGCGCCAAGUUCCUCGACUACACCACCGAUAACAUGUCCAUAUAUCCCUCGCCUACUGGACUGCUCAUCGCCAUCGACCUCGCCUACAAUCUGCACAGCGCGUACGGCAACUGGUUCCCGGGCUGCAAGCCGCUGAUCCAGCAAGCGAUGGCCAAGAUAAUGAAGGCCAACCCCGCGCUGUACGUGCUGAGAGAGCGCAUCCGCAAGGCACUGCAGCUCUACUCCUCGGAACCCACGGAGCCGUACCUCUCCAGCCAGAACUACGGAGAACUGUUCUCCAAUCAGAUCAUAUGGUUCGUAGACGACACAAAUGUGUACAGAGUGACGAUCCACAAGACAUUCGAAGGUAACUUGACGACCAAACCCAUCAAUGGUGCCAUCUUCAUCUUCAACCCGCGCACAGGACAGCUGUUCCUCAAGAUCAUUCACACCAGCGUAUGGGCCGGACAGAAACGUUUGGGACAGCUUGCUAAAUGGAAAACGGCAGAAGAAGUAGCGGCGUUGAUUCGAUCCUUGCCCGUUGAAGAACAGCCGAAACAAAUUAUUGUCACCAGAAAGGGAAUGUUGGAUCCUUUGGAGGUCCACUUGCUGGAUUUCCCGAACAUCGUGAUCAAGGGUUCAGAGCUGCAGCUGCCGUUCCAGGCUUGCCUCAAGGUGGAGAAAUUCGGAGACCUGAUUCUGAAGGCCACAGAACCACAGAUGGUUCUCUUCAACCUUUACGAUGAUUGGCUGAAGACAAUCUCGUCAUACACUGCGUUCAGCCGGCUGAUCCUGAUCCUGCGAGCGCUGCACGUGAACACGGAGCGCACCAAGGUGCUGCUGAAGCCGGACAAGACGACCCUCACGGAGCCCCACCACAUCUGGCCCACGCUCACUGAUGAUGACUGGAUCAAGGUCGAGGUGCAGCUCAAGGACCUCAUACUCGCGGAUUACGGCAAGAAGAACAACGUGAACGUAGCCUCGCUGACGCAAUCUGAGAUCCGCGACAUAAUCCUUGGUAUGGAGAUAUCCGCACCCUCCGCGCAGCGACAGCAGAUCGCGGAGAUAGAGAAGCAGAGCAAGGAGCAGAGCCAGCUCACCGCCACCACCACGCGCACCGUCAACAAGCACGGCGAUGAGAUCAUCACCUCGACAACCAGCAACUAUGAGUCGCAGACCUUCAGUUCAAAGACGGAAUGGCGUGUGCGUGCGAUAUCUGCGACCAAUUUGCACCUACGUACAAACCACAUCUACGUCAGUUCAGACGAUAUUAAGGAGAGCGGUUACACAUACAUCCUGCCAAAGAAUCUGCUCAAGAAGUUUGUCACUAUAUCUGAUUUGCGAGCGCAGAUCGCGUGUUACCUGUACGGCACAUCACCGGCUGACAACCCGAUGGUGCGCGAGGUGCAGUGCGCGGUGGUGGCGCCGCAGUGGGGCACGCACCAGCAGGUGCACCUGCCGCGCCAGCUGCCGAGACACCCUGCCCUCGCUCACUUACAGCCGCUUGGCUGGAUGCACACCCAGCCCAAUGAACUGCCGCAGCUCUCGCCUCAGGAUAUAACAACACACGCCAAAAUAAUGGCGGAGAAUCCAACUUGGGAUGGCGAGAAGACGAUCAUAAUAACGUGUUCGUUCACGCCGGGCUCGUGCUCGUUAACGGCGUACAAGCUGACGCCGAGCGGCUACGAGUGGGGCGCCAAGAACACGGACCGCGGCAACAACCCCAAGGGAUACCUGCCCAGUCACUACGAGCGUGUGCAGAUGCUGCUCUCGGACCGCUUCCUCGGCUACUUUAUGGUGCCCUCGCAGGGCAGCUGGAAUUACAACUUCAUGGGUGUCCGUCACGAUCCCAACAUGAAAUACGGUGUACAGCUGGGCAACCCCCGCGAGUUUUACCACGAGGUGCACAGGCCCGCUCACUUCAUGAACUUCGCCGCAAUGGAGGACGCUACAGCGCCGACGCUCGCCGCAGACAGAGAAGACCUCUUCGCGUAGAAAUAAUUAUAAAUGUUUAGAAUUGUAAUUUGAA